GGAGAAUAUGGAGGUGUUUUGUUCUAUUUUUUUGAUCCUUCUCUUUGUCAGGCUUUGCCUGGGGUCUUUGCCUUGUGUAACUGGGUGCUCAUGUGCAAAUGAUACAUUUGGAAGAAGCUUACUGUGCAUGUCCUCUUCUCUCAAAAAAAUACCUGAUGACAUUCCUCCAGACAUUCGCAAAAUUAGAAUAGAAAAUUGCCACCUCACUGAAUUAUCUAGAGGAUCGUUUGGCAGUGUUCACAAAUUGCAAUAUCUAUGGCUAAAUUUUAACAACAUUACAGUAAUGCAGAUAAAAAGCUUGGAAGAUGUGAAAAGUCUAACAGAGUUGAGACUUCAAGGAAACAAGCUGAGAUCAAUACCAUGGACAGCAUUUCAAGACACCCCUUAUUUGAAAAUCUUAGAUCUGAAACAUAACAGAUUAGAUGUCCUUCCGGAGCAUGCAUUAAAAUUUCUGGCUAACCUAACCUACUUAGAUUUAUCCUUCAAUCAGCUUACUGUCAUCUCUAAAGAUGUAUUUGCAAACUGGCCUCUGUAUCAAAAAGCACACGACUCAGACCGAAGAGAGGAUGUACUUUCAAAUGCAGUUCUGGCAUUGCAUGAAAAUCCUUGGAUGUGUGACUGUAGACUGAAAGGGUUUGUGCAUUUUGUAAAGACAGUUAGCCCCCCAAUUAUACUGAUGAAUUCAUAUUUGUCCUGCAUUAGCCCUAAUUCUAAAGAAGGAAAGUUCUUUCAUGAAGUAGACCUAAGUAGCUGCUUGAAGCCACUCGUUUCCACCCAACUUUCUAACUUUACUGUACAAGUAGGCCAGAAUGCUACUUUGAGUUGUUUUGUGAAAGCAAGCCCAGUGCCUUCAAUAUGGUGGACUUAUGGACUAAAGGUUAUUAAAGCGUUCAAUGUAUCAACAACAGCUAUCAAUGAGGAAAUGAUCAAGUCAGAACUAAUAAUCCCAGUUGUACAUGUUACAGAUGCAGGGGUAUACAAAUGCAUUGGCACAAACUUCUUGGGCAAUUCUUCCGCAUCAAUACUUCUAAAUGUACAUUCUAAUAAAGUGGGGAAAGUUCCCCCGUCACUUUCCAAUUCUCUGCCACCACUAUCAUCAUCAUCUCAAGAUAAUGUCUUCAUAGAUUUGAGGAUUUCCAAGCAAACAGCAUAUGGUAUUUCAUUAGAAUGGUUUGCCGUAACAGAUAAUCCAGGAGAAACAUGGUACACAAUUUAUUUUGGCAAAUGUGAGGAUACCCAGAAGGAAGUAAUUAAUAUUGGUCCUGGUAUAUACUCAUACUCAGUAAAUGAUUUGCUACCAAUUACAAAAUAUGAAGUGUGUGUCACCUUAAAAAGCCAGCUACCCAAGAAAGGACAAUGCAUUGUUUUCAUGACCGGUAGUGAUAUAAGUGAGCUGGAACAAAGAGAGAAACUCAUCCAUAUUAUUGUAAUUGUCUGUGCCAUGGUAUUAGCAGUACCUGCAGGGAUGUAUGCAUGUACCACAGAAACAAGGUUUAACUGCCUAGAUAAAUGUUUGGGCCUUUGUAGAAGAAAGCAUAAAGCGCAAAAAAACUUAAAGAAGGACAAUACCAAAGAGAGUACAUUUGACAGCUUGCAGGCAAGCAGUGAAGAUGGUUUAUGCCAACGUGAAGGCAAUGAAGAGAAUCGUAGAAGAAGGUGUUCAGAAGAAAAGCUCAAUAAACCAAAACCUGAAAACAGAAACCCUGCUGACUUAUAUUAAUUUUGGUAAUGUUAUUGAUCUAUGAUUAAUUGAUUGGAUCUGGAUUUGUAAAUGUACUCAAAAACAAGGUGUAUAUAAGACAAAUUUACUCAUAAUGUGUUGCUAUUUAAAUGUGUUUUUGUCUUUUUCUUAAAUUGUGCAUGUUGUAAUCUUUUCAUGGCUGAAUGUUGAUUUAGCUCUGUGAUCAUUCUUUUUUCUGGAAAUCCUGGAAAAUAUAAGUUCAAAAUCAGUGCUCACACUACAGUGAAACACAUCUAAAGUGAUCUUUACAUCUGCUAUCUCAAAUUUCUAUAUUUUAAUGUGUCACAUGCUGUAUAGCAAUAGCAGUGACAUCAAGGGAAAAUACACCUCAUACAAACAUUGCAUUUAUAUGUUCGGUAAUCACUGACAAAGAGAAAAGGCUACAAUUGCACCUUAGCAUAGUAAUAGCAUGGGUUACAUAGACACCUGUUUGUGUAUAUUGCAGUAUAACAAGAUCAUGGCAAAGAGAUAAUCAUUUUAUCAUAGUGCAUAUCAUGAUAUACUCCGUUUUUCUGGACCACCAUGAUUACAAAACAUAAACAUUUUCUUUGUCUCUGAAAAAAACUGCUCAGUCUGAUGUGUAGAUCUAUACUUUCUGAUAGCAAUUGUGCUGCAUUAAAGACAUGACUUCUGUACUAUCUCCAUUUGAACAUACUUGUUCCCUGGGGUGGCUGCCUUGGUCAGGGUUAUUUUCUUUUAAAAAUCUUAUUUUUCCCAAAUAAGGCUUUGGAUAAUCCAAAGGGUAACAUUUUAUAGGAAAUGUAGUGGUUAUUGUGUAGUUAUUUACACAAAUACAUGUGAACUUCUUAAAUAGUUUUGAACAUCAAAUCUUUUCCUAAUUGAUGCAAUACAAAAAUCAAUGUAAUAGCAACUUCUUAAUGCUUUCCAACCAGAACUCCACUAGUGUGAAUAGGCCACCCGCCAUGCCAUUUACCAGGUGCAGCCAUUUUCUGAUAUGCAAGUGAGAAUGCCACUAACUAUGCACUGCUAACUUGGGACCAGUACUCAAGAAGGUACUGAAUCAUACCCUACAAGCAGGGCAAUAUAAGUAAGUCCCUUGCCACCUGACAAGUAUUCCCACUGCUUUGACUAAACCACCAAACUUUAACUUAAAUAGGGUGGGAAACAAAAACAAAAUGUAAUUAUGGUUAAUAAAAGUUAUGUUUUGUAUUGAGAAGUAUUGAAUUAAUAAGUAUUAAAUUUUUGGCAAGCCACAGGAGCACAGUAGAAACUUGAGUUCAUCUGUUUUGCAUGAUCAUCAUUCUGUCAAGCUUUUUUAAAAUUAUUUUUAUCAUAAAUGUAAAUAUUUUGUUACAAAGAAAUAAAUAGCAAUAAUGUGUCCUAACUAA